AUGGAAGUGCGUGCCAAGCAGCUGGAAUGGGAGAGGAUUCGGCUGGAGCAGGAGCUGGAGCAGCUCAGCCUGCAUCAGAUGCAGCUCAUGGGGGUCUUGCAGCCAUUAGCACUUAGUGUGCUUGUAGUCCUUGUCUUGGUGCUGUGGUUUAUGGGGUGCAAAAGGAGCCUGAGGACAGGAGAGUAUGAAGAUGACAACAAUGGUGCAAAUGAAGAGGAAAUCAGAAAUGAGGGUGCAAAUGGAGAAGGCGAUGUUGGAAAUGCAGAAGAAGAUAAUGCGAAUCAGGGGGAAGAUGACAAUGAUGAUGGCAAUGUACAGGAAGAUGGCAAUGCUGCUGCAAAUGGAGAAGACGAUGUUGCACUUGCAUUCUAUGAAGGAGACAAUGAUUUUGAUGAUAACGUUGGAAGAAUUCUAAUGGAACGCAUACAGUGGCCUGUACAGGAUCUACAGAGAGGCUGCGAGUGGACAAAAAACCUCAUGGACAAUUAUGCACUUUACUUUGGACACGUCAUAUCCAACAGCUUCUACCCAGGCCUGCAACGAGCCAUCGGGGUGGGCAGCGCCUUUGAAGGUUGGAGUCCCCGAGAGCAGGAUGUUGUGUACCAGGUGCUCAUACCCAUGACUCCUCCCCGAGGCCACAGCUUCCACCUGGAGCUGGACUCUGCAGAGCACAGGCACGUCAGGAACUUCCGUGUCCGCGUGCAGCUGGAGUGCACCUGCAGCAAGGAGCAGCAGGCUGAGAACAUGCUGUGCUUCCUGCACCACCCCGAGGAGGAGCUGAGGAGCAAUCAGGAUCCCAGCCUCCUGGACACCCUGUGCACCAACUCCUACCUGGAUGUGCAGAAAACUGCCCGCUGGUUCUACCAGCUGGUGAGAGCCAUCUGGCCAGCUCUGCCUCAGUCACACAAUUGGCAUUUAAAGCUGCUGCCCUCCAGACGCUCCUGCCAAUUCCAGGUGAGCAAUGGCAGAGAAAGCUUCAGGAUUGAGAUGCUGUUUGGGGUGCAAAGAGGCGACUCCGACAUCUUUGUGAGCAGCCAGCCUAGAGAGGCCCACACCCAAAGCACAGCCUGGCCUGAGACCUAUGCUGUGGCCGAGAUGAAGUUCUUCCAGCACAUUGCUAAUCAGGCUCCCAGUGACAGUUUGCACCUCAAAUGCCUGCAGUUCUUCACCCGUCUUCUGCUGGGCUUCAGCUUUUCCACCUACUCCAUGAAGACCAUUGUCAUGCACCUGCUCAAUGUGGUGCCUGUGUCACAGUGGCGCAGGAGAGAUUUUCUUCAGCGGCUGCUGGAUAUCAGUGAUGGCCUGCGCUUAUUUCUGCUAGCAAAAUGCCUCGACCACUUCAUUGUGGGGAACCAGAGGCUGCCUCAGGACAUCCUUUUACCCCCAGAUCUUCAAAGGGCUCAGCCAUACAAUCUCUUCCAUCACAUGGCAGAGGAACCAUCCGCACACACCCAGGCCAUAAAUGAGUACCUGGUACUGCAAAAGUGGUUCAAAAGAAUCCUUCUUGGUGAGCAGUGA